CUAUGCGCGGUAUCUAGGGAAGGGUCCCACCACAAGUGUAUUGUACGCAGUCUUACCUUGCAUUUCUGCCAAAGGCUAUUUCCAAGGCUUGAACCUGUGACCUCCUGAUCACAUGACAGCAACUUUAUCAAUUACUCCAAGCCAAUUUGCAAAUUAUGUAAACUAAGUAAAUAUAGAGAAAUCAUCAGCCGAACAUUAAAGAAGUGAAGCGAAAAGAGAACAAAUAGUAUUAUCAUUUAUGCCAUCCUCAAUCCUAGAUGACUUGAAAUCAAAUUAAAGAUUGUACUUGUUAAUUUUGAAGAUGACAGUAGCAUAUUCAGUUUACACUCGUUUUGCCUAUGCAGGUAGCUUCAAUGUGUAGAGAGAAAAUGCAUGUGGUACUAGAAGAAAAGCUAAUGCGCAUGAGAAAUAAUGUAGACAUGGGCGAUGGCAGCCGCUCCUGUGGAAGAUGGCAGCCAUGGGAAGGGCAGAGGAUGGAGGAAGCAUGGAAAAGAGUGUUCAAAAGUUGCUUCUUGAGGAUAGAUGAGAUGGCAUCACGCAUAUGCAGUGAGAGUAGUACUGUGGGCUGCCAAUGUGACUGCCUACCGAACGCAUUGGGACUGACGGGCUCCACCACAGUGGUGGCCAUUUUGACAGAUGAAUAUGAAACUAUCAUUGUAGCAAAUUGUGAUGACUCACGCGCUGUUCUUAGCCGCAGUGGAAGUGCGAUUCCACUUUCUUAUGAUCAUAAGCCAGACAGAGGAGAAGAACGUGCCAGAAUAGAGGCAUGUGGAGGUAGAGUUGUUUUUGCAGAUGGAGCACGAGUUGAAGGAAUUCUUUCCAUAUCUAGGGCAAUAGGAGACAACUAUCUAAAGCCAUACAUCACAUCAGAGCCGGAGAUGACCUUCACCAAAAGGGAAGCAGAGUAUGAGUGCUUGAUUCUUGCGAGUGAUGGAUUUUGGGAUGUUAUAUCAAGCGAGGUAGCAUGUGAGGUGGGAGAGUGUCUUCGAGAAGGGGAUCCAGCUGGGUAUUCCAGGGCUGUGGUAGGAGGUGAUGGCAGAGGAGAAAUGUUUUCUCCACGAAGUGCCUGCUCAGCAGCAGUGCUGCUCACACGGCUUGCUCCGGGCCGGAAAAGCUGCGACAACAUUAGUGUAAUUGUGGUAGACUUGAAAAGAAACCACACUGCUGUGUAGUUUUCUAGAGCUAGAAUGUAACAUAUGAGGCACUUGAACGAUGAACGAAUAGAAGAGAAAUCAGCGUUCACAACAAAGCAACUUGAACAAUGAAGGAAUAGAAGAGAAAUCAGCUGAUUCUACAACACAACGAAAUUGAGGCCUCUAAAAAAAUGACGGAGAUUGACUGAAGAGGAAAGAACUGCCAUCAACAUCAAAGAAGCAAAACCUAGAGCAAGAAAGUCGGACUACAGCUAGCCACCGCCUCACUUUUUCUUUUCACUUCAACAAAAACACACUAAAAAAUGGUUUAUUAUUACUAUAGAUGCUAAUUUACCUUUGUAUUUGGAUUUGGGUCUUGCCCUGUUCUUUUCAUUGGCCAAAGAAUUCCUUCUUUAUUUUUUUGAAAAAAAGUUCCAUUUAUCACAAA